UGAACACUCCUUUGAGUUCUCGCGGCUUUUGCAUUUGUUGAGCGCGUGCGCGUAAUUUGAUCUUUCUGAGCGCAGCGGCAACAACAUGGCUGACGUGACAGCGGUGGACGGAGACAAACUCAGCAAAAAGUAAGCUAAUCUUUUACUAGAAACCAUUUCAGCAGCGUUAAGCAGAUCGUUGUAUUAUUUGGCUCGAAUAAGUUUGUUGUUGCAGCAGUUACGACCGUUUGUCUCUGCCGAGUGUAUUUAUUGAUGCCUCAGGUCCGGAGAUGUGAGGGAAGCGAAAGCUCCAUAUGGAGCCGCACAGCAAGCCUACACAUCCCAUGAUUCAGUUCGCUUUCGUCUUGGUAAUUGUAGUCCUGAACACAACAUGCGAACGUUACGUUUCGUCUCGCUUACGAACCAGUAAAACUACAACACCCGACCAUCCAUUCAAGAACAUGUCUCUAGCAUUUGAUCGUGCAAUCGUUUCGUUUCUUGUGUCAGACUUUCACUUUGUAUUAUCGCGCAGUUUAUCGGUCUGUUUCUUUUUUUUGUAGAGUAACAUGUUUUGUCGGAUUUUAGCCACACUCUCGCCAUAAUGAAGCGUCUGCAUUCAGUUUAUUGCGCUGUCCUUCGUGACUCCUUUGAACGGUACUUGCUAACUGUGUUAUGUUUGACCUGACACAUCCGUUUGGAUGAGGAACUACGAUUCACAGCUAUUGUACCUACGACCUUAAUGUCUAAUACUUCACGACAUCACUACUGUUCCUGUUUUAACUCUUUCACUUUCACCUCACUGCCUUGAAGCCGGGGUCUUGGUACAAGCUCGUAUAGAUGUGUGAAAAAAGACAUACUUUGGUCAUACAAGACAGCAAUUGCUGUAUAUACUGUCCACUCUCUUUGUAUAUGUCUAUUUUCCCAGGUCUGUCUGCUGACUGCUAGAUCAGUAUGCUGUGUCUGGUCAGGGCAGCCAGGCAGCAGUUGUGCCAAGCCUUUGUGGUGAGGGGACAGUGGUUAAAAUGUGGCCCCCCAUGUACAGCUGCAGUCCCAACUCAAUUUUGUGGGAACCGCUGGAGAGGUGACAAGAGGUUGGUGGCUUUUCCAUAUCCAUGAGAAAAACAACCAACCUUUUGUCAUCAAAACAAAACUAUGGUCCCCUUUCCUUUGCUGCAUGAUUGAGUGAUUGUUGUGCUCGUCUGUUACCUGAAGAUUAUGUGGUGGCUUCUGAAAUAACACGUCAAAAUGGAGCAAAACUCUCAGUGUAGUGUUGUAGUGCAGUUGCUAACUCUUGAAUCAUCAUUAUAUGUGAGUUCUGGGAGUAUCAUUAACAGAAUACCAAAGUGCCUGGUCAAUGACUCAUCUUUGAUUCCUCUUAUUUCCUAUCAGUGAGCUGAAGAGACGAAUGAAGGCGGAGAAGAAGGCGGCAGAGAAAGAAGCCAAGGUCAAAGAGCAGGUGGAGCAGAAGAGAGAAUCCAAUAACCAGGGAGCACAAAAUGCCAGUGCCUUGGACGAGGAGACACUUGACCCAAAUGUAAGAUUUUUCUUUGAUUACCAUAAUCCCAGUUAUUUGACCUGAAAUUUGUUCUUAUUGAUUAAAAAUGAAAUCAUCUGUUUCUUUCCAACAUAGCAAUACUUCAAGAUCCGCUCCCAGGCCAUUCAUGAGCUGAAGGGCACAGCGGAAGACCCGUACCCACACAAGUAUCAUGUAGACCUGUCACUCACAGAGUUCAUUGAGAGAUACAGUCAUCUACAGCCUGGAGACCAGCUGACUGAUGUUGUUCUCAAUGUUACAGGUAAUAAGGGAGGUUUUAUGAUCUGAGAUAUAUUUACAGUUUGUAUGUAAUGAUGUAUGAUCCUCUUUAAAACUCCAUGUGUAAUUGGCAGGCCGUGUUCAUGCCAAGAGGGCGUCUGGUGCCAAGCUGCUGUUCUAUGACCUGCGAGGUGAAGGCGUGAAGCUGCAAGUCAUGGCAAACUCAAGGUACAAAGUAACAGCCACACAAAAUAUUUCAGAUAAAUUUAUCAUAUGCUGUCCUUAAUUAGGCAUCAUUGCUGUUUUGGGUGCAAACACAAUUUAAGGGGGCUGUUCAUUACCAAUUAAACAUUUCACUCUAGAAAAAGCAUUGAGGAUUUGAUUUUUUUGGUCUCAACUACUCUUAUCUUAUGUAUAUAAUUCUUCUAUUCUUCUAGGAACUACAAGUCUGAGGAAGAUUUUGCAGCUAUCAACGACAAACUGCGUCGUGGGGAUAUCAUAGGUGUCCGUGGUAACCCCGGGAAGACCAAAAAAGGGGAGUUGAGCAUCAUUCCCAUUGAGAUGACCCUUCUGUCACCUUGUCUGCACAUGCUGCCUCACCUUCACUUUGGCCUCAAGGACAAGGUACUGACGUCUCCAUUUAGGUCCUCUGGCUAGUUUGAAGACACCCCCCACUCUUUUUUCCCUUCAAAAUUUGCCCUAGUAAUUGUGAUUUGAGAACGCAUAAUUACAUCCUCACCAUCACAUGGAGGCAAAACAGACUAAAGAACAGCUAAUAUUCCAGUUUAAGCUUAAAACCUUUGGGGGAAUCCAUGUUACAUAAGUCUACGGGUAGUGUUACUGUGUUGGCUGAGUUGGAGAUUCCAGUUUUUCAGGUACAGUGAUGCUGUGAAGAUGUGUGCUCUUUUAGAGGAAGGACGCAUCAUCUUUCUCUGGUGUUUCAGACAAAGAAAGAUAUAAAGAGAUGUUGGCUUAUUGUGAAUUUUGUGUUCAUACCGUUUACUCUGUGAUGAAAAUGGAGCCAUUUCAACAGUAACCCUAAAUAAAAUUCUCUUUUUUUGUUCUGAAAGGAAACACGUUUCCGCCAGCGCUACUUGGAUCUGAUCCUGAACGACUACGUGAGGCAGAAGUUUAUAACUCGCUCCAAAAUCAUCACAUAUCUACGAAGUUUCCUGGACCAGCUGGGAUUCUUGGAGGUAAGAACUGGUGUGUUUUGUGUGUCAGGUUGUCAGUUCAUACACCUGGACAAUCUAAUACUAUUUCUUCAGUUUUAUUUGCUUGAGUGGGAACAUUUCAUACGGAUAAAUCUAUGUCCAAGUUUUCACAAAACAAUGGUUUUAGUAGAAUGUUUUUUUUAAAUUGUUUUUUUUUGUUUUUUUAAAUAGAUUGAGACACCAAUGAUGAACAUAAUUCCUGGAGGAGCGGUGGCCCGUCCGUUCGUUACAUACCACAAUGAGCUGGAUAUGAACCUGUUCAUGAGGAUUGCACCUGAACUUUACCACAAGGUAAUCCCUCUCCUUCAAAAACUGUUGUUCUUAUUAAAUAGUCAUUUAACACAUAGUUCCAAUGUGCCUAUUGUUGACCUCAUCCUUCUUUCCACCUUUCCUCGUUAUAUCUUUCCUGCAGAUGCUUGUGGUUGGUGGAAUAGACCGAGUUUAUGAGAUUGGUCGUCAGUUCAGGAAUGAAGGCAUUGAUCUCACUCAUAACCCAGAGUUCACCACCUGUGAAUUCUACAUGGCCUAUGCAGAUUACCACGACUUGAUGGAGAUCACAGAGAAACUACUCUCAGGUGAGUGAAAUUACAAACUGAAGCAAGGCAAUGGUCCUCUCUCAGCUGAGACCACUCCUCUAUAUACACUGUUGAUAUUUCGAAUUACAUAUUUUGGGUUUCCUCCAAGACCCAUUUUGAAAGACCAAAUGUUCAACCAAUGCAAACAACGUCACAGUGAUGUCUGCAGCCGAGAUGAGCUGUCACAUCAGGCUGAAACAGAAGAUGGGGCAACAAGAGCAAAGCUGUUAGCAUCUGUGUGACAGCAUUAGUUAUGUCCUUCUUACACGUUGGUUUUAUCUUCUCCUCUCUUCUGUUUUGCUCCAGGUAUGGUGAAGCACAUCACUGGAGGAUACAAGGUGAAAUAUCACCCAGAUGGUCCAGAGGGACAGGCCUACGAGAUCGACUUCACUCCACCAUUUAAAAGAGUGAGCAUGACACACGACCUGGAGAAGAUCCUGGGAGUCAAAUUCCCCCCCACUGACAGCUAUGACUCAGAUGGUAGGUUCUCAUCUAAAGUCCAAGUAUAACUUCUUGUAUAUCCUCAUAGUUUAGAUCUUUGAUGACUUCAUCAGUUUUGAUUUCUCGACACAUUUCCUAUUCGUGUUUCUCCUGCAGAGACGCGUAAAUUCUUCGAUGACCUGUGUGCACAGAAAGGAGUUGAGUGUCCUCCACCCAGAACCACCGCCCGUCUCCUUGACAAGGUCCACGUCACCUCUUUUCAUACUUAUUAUUUCAUAUUGACUGAGCUCAAGUUCUUGACAGAAGCCUUUUCUGUCCAUAGCUGGUUGGAGAUUUCCUUGAGGUCACCUGUAUCAACCCCACAUUCAUCUGUGAUCACCCUCAAAUCAUGAGCCCCUUGGCAAAAUGGUGAGCGGCUCUGUAAUUCUGCCUCAUAUAUGUCGUUUAACUCUUAUGUUAAGGUUUUUUCUGACUCUUACAUUAUGAUUUCAGGCACAGAGUGGAGAAAGGCCUGACGGAGCGUUUUGAGCUCUUUGUGAUGAAGAAGGAAGUCUGUAAUGCCUACACUGAGUUGAACGAUCCCAUUAGACAAAGGGAGCUCUUUGAGCAGCAAGCCAAGGUGUGUGUACGAUUUGGACAUCAUCAAAAGUUUCCGACUCUCUACUGUGGCCCCUGUGGCUGUGUAUUUGAGUGCAUGAUAAACUGUGUUUAAUCUCCUUUUCAGGCCAAAGCUGAGGGUGAUGAUGAAGCCAUGUUCAUCGAUGAGACAUUCUGCACAGCACUAGAGUACGGACUCCCACCGACCGCUGGCUGGGGGAUGGGUAUCGACCGUCUCACCAUGUUCCUCACUGACUCGAACAACAUCAAGGUAAAGCUGUUAUAAGAAAUAUGUCACUCAUUUUUAUCACAGGUGGAGUUAAAACAAAAGGCUUGUGGGAAAUUUGGUGUUUCUUUAACUAAGGACACAGUCAGAUAACAACUGAAUAAAUAGUUCAUGUAGCAACACUACAAAGAUGCUUGUAAGAGUUUUUACGGAGGCUGUCCCAGGGGCAUGAUAAGAAUCAAUCAACGUAGAAAAUAGAGAACUUUCUUACUUAAAACAAAGUCAGAGCAGUGUUCAUGAGGGAUGUAAUGAGGGAUGUAGGGAUGAGAAAAAUAAUAUUGCAUCUGACUUGCAGCCAGCUGAGAAGAACGACAGAGAUAGUGGACUUGUUUUUCUUCGAUAUCUUUUACUUGCCAGGAGUCAGCAGCUUACGACAAAGGCAGCUUCUUCUGACUGAGGAAUUCAGAUUUUUACACAUCCUUUAUGCAGUCAAGAAACAGACACCCCCACCCACUUAACAUCACCUCACAAGUGGCGUGACAUUACAACAGUAUCCAAAUAGGGUACAGGUUGCAGCUGUGGUCUGUACUGGGAGAACAAAGACAGCUUAGUUCAUCAUCAGGUUCCUGCUUAUCAGUUCAAUGUCACACUGUUGGGAAAACAACCUGUGAGUGAAAUUACAGCAUUCAUCUAGUUGCAUGGCUUCAGCGGAAAAGUAUCAGUCCCAGCUCCAAGGCCAUACUUCUCCUUUCCCAUGCUCAUUAAAAAGACACAGAUAUGACUCUGCAAGCAUUCACACCAAGUGAUUUUCAGUAAAUGAUGAUUAACACACUUAUAUAAUGAUAAAAUACACGUGAUAGCAUACACAUACAAUUUUUCUUUGAGCCUUUCAUAAAUCCGGAAGAGUAAGUGGGUCCGUGUGGUCCCUGAAAACUCUUGCACGCCAGAGUGCUCCUCGGACAAUGCGAGCACCGAGGUCUAUAGGAUCCUCCAAGAACGGACAAGCCAUUUUUCGAGAGAGCUCAUUGGUCAGUGGGCGGGGUUUUUAUACUCUGUGAGAUCAAUCUGGAACCUAACCUGCCCCGGCGCAGGUAAGCCGUUCAGCGUACGUUGCCAUGGAGACUCGCCUCGCUAAGAAGUAAACCCGCGUCGUAGAACAGGAAACCCCGAACUUACCCUCGAAGUUACCUCGCUAAGCAGUAAUCCUGCUUCGUAGAACAGGCCCCUGGAGAUUAAUUUAAAGUAUAAUCAAGAGACUUUUCAGAGGACUUUUUCAGAACAAUCCUCUAAAAUAGGGACCGAAACAAAACCAGAUUGUUGAGGAUCAUGUUUUUAUUGUCAUCCCAUGAUACCUUCACUUUAAGCAUUGUCCUUUUCAAAUCCCCAACCUGUUUUACCCAAACAUUUGACAGCAGAGCCCCUGAUUGAAGAUAUAAAGAGUUAAUGUUUGUAGAGAUAAUAUAAUCAAGUAAGCUGAUGUCUUCAUUGUUUGCUCCUCAGCUGAUAGAUUUCAUUCUCUUACACUUUCACAGGAGGUGCUGCUCUUCCCUGCCAUGAAGCCUGAGGACAAUAAACCGGCAGCGCCUACAGAGGGCACCUCUGUCUGAUGAAAUGAUCUCUGACCUCUCCUGCUAUCAGAUCUGUGUAGGAGUCUGUAGGCGUAUGAGCCUUUAUCUCACUGUGGUCAUCAGUGCAGCUUGCGGGGUUUGAGUGUUGUCAUUGUUGGUCUGUCUGUUUUUGUUUUUUUUUUCUGUUUCUGAAGGGAAAUCAUCUGGUUUAAGUUAAACGGUUGACUCCUAAACAAUAACAUCAUUACUCUUUAUUUUGUAUCUCUCAAACUUGUACUUUUAUAUUUGCUUGUUUGACUUUAAGGAGGCAUCCAGGCAUUACACAGACAAUAUAUGUGUGAUAUUGUUGUUUGCGUACCUGGUUGAAAUGCUGUUGAAUAUAUUUUUGAGAUACUUCAGAGGUGCAGGAUUCUAGCUACCAAAUACAGAGCAGAUACACCACAUACUAACAGAGCUCAAGCAUCUUUCUAAUUUUAAGUACUCUCAAAAUAUUUAUCUGUUUUUACCAGGUCUGUAUCUUUGUCUGACAUUUUUCAAGACGCUCUCCACAAAAAAGUAUUUCUCUGACAGUGAGUAAAAGGUGAAUAAGAGUCUGAAUAAAGUGCAUAUGAAUCAUUUCUUUGUGAUGAAUGUGUGGUCUAAUUUUGGAAUAAAAUUCAGUAUAUUUUGGGGGCUCAUGAGUA